AGGGUAAUAAUCUUUAGGUACCGAGAGAAGCGGCCGCGAUGUAAACAAAGUGAGACUGGGGCUGAGGUGGUGAUUGUUGAAUGUGCCGCAGCGGCCCACUCCUGCCUGCCACGGUUCACCACAGCAUCAAUUAAUGGACAGAACAGUGCUGGAGAGGCAGGAGAAGACAUCACAGAGGAAGAAAGCCAGGAGGGCAAGCAGGGACAGGGGAGAUUAACGGAGACAGAGGAGCCAUACUCUACGGACGGGGAAAUUGACGGUAGCCAAGGAAAGAAAAUUGAUAGAUAUUGAGGGAACAGAGGAACAGGGGUUCUUUAAACUCUCAGGACGGAAAAAUUGACAACCGAGGAAAGAGGAAAAACUGAGAUGGGAAAAUCGACUUAAACUGAGGAAGGGCAGUGCGAGGUGGGAAAAUAGACAAAUAGAAAAAAAAAAAAAAACGAAAAUUGAAAAAGAAGCCAGAAUAGAAAGAAAAAAAAAAAAGAAAGAAAACAGACAAAACUGAAGAGAAGACAGGUUAUCAUAAUACCACUAUAAUUUGCAAUGGAAGAGUUUGGCUUGACUUACUAUGUGCUGGUGGUGCCACUGACCUUCCCUGUGGUGCUGCUGCUGCUGUACAUCCGCUGGCUGGGCUGGGAACUCUACACCAACAACUGAAGCAACACACUCAAACACACACCAAGAAAACACUGCUAUACACACCAAACAGCCCCCCAAAAAAAACACUGCUGCACACACCGAACAGUCCCAAAAACAUUCUACACACACCAUACAGCUCUCAAAACACUGCUACACACACCAAACAGCCCCCCAAAAAAACUGCUACACACACCAAACAGCCCCAAAAAUACUACUACACACACCAUGUCCUAAAAACACUGCUAUACACACCAAAACAGCUCAAAUUGCCCCUAAAGUGAUGAAAGAUUAAGUCAAUUUAGUCUGUGAUGAAACAAAUAUAAAUGAACACAGUUAUCCAAAAUUUACAGUGACUUGGUGAGGUGUUAUCCUACUACCUUGCCUCCCCCCUGCUUCCCCCUGCCUCACACAUGCAUGGGGGAGUGACAGGGCGACAUGGCAGAGCAAACAGCCACCCCUAUUCCUCCACAACAUGACAAGGGGAAUGUUAACCUUUGUGAACCCCUUCCCCUGCACCUCUCCCCUCGCACCAGGGUAAGAGCAGGGGUUGGGAGGAGACUGGAGACCCCAUCACCCGCAUCUCUUCCCAUGCCUCCCUUGCCAAUUGAGUUUGUUGAUGUCAGUGCAUCUCUCCCCCCUUCCUCUUUGUGUCCCCCUGCCAGUGAUGAGAGGGCAAGGGGUAGGGUGUCAGGGGCAUCAGGUGGUGAGGGACAUGACAGGGGACACAUGCAGAGUAGUGAGGGGGUUCCUGCAUCACAUCCACAGGUCCUGGCAGGGCAGACAGAAGGGGCACUGGUGUUAGGAAGUGAAGAUUUGCCACGCUGUGUUGUGGUGGACUUGCAGGGAAACGUGGUGGUGCAGGAGACGUCACCACCACCACACACCACCGCCACACCUACACCUUACUUAGUGGACCAACCGAUUCUGGUCCAGGUGGGUCCAGACGUGGCUCGGCAGGGAAGUCAGGCACACACUAAUGGUGCCUUGGGUGCGGCGCUGGAUGGCACCCACAGUAAGCCACCCACUGGAAAGAAUGGCGUGGAUGGUGGCAACAAUCUAAGGGUGGCGGAGCAGACAAAUGGGGGGCGGAAGGCAGAGUUUGAGCCACGGUGGAGCUUCAAGGAGGUGGAGGUGAAGGAGGAGCGGAGAGCAAAGGACACAAAUGCAUCUGAGGAAUCCGCAGGGGAAGAGAGUGAGGUGGAGGCAGGCCGGCCGAGGAGGAAGUCUGCCAAACGUGCCAGGCAAAGAUGGAAGACUAUUGGGGAGGUGGAGGGAGGCCGUGCUGGAGUAGGAAGGGUGCGGCGACCUCACCCUGCCCCCCAGCCACGCGACAGGUCACAGGUCAAGGCUGAUGAUAGUGAGCAGAGGUCAUGGGCAGGUGAUGCAGGUGAGGAGCUGCCAGUGUGGGCCCGUCGCCUCUCCUCUGUGCGGGUGGUGGACGGUCAGUGGGUGGUGGGGGUGGCAUCAUCCAGUGAGGUGCUGCAACAGACUCUUGAAGCUCAUUCCCGCAGUGUUUUGUGUGACUAUAUCAAGAGCCACCCGAGCAGCCUGGAGCAGCGGCACAGGGCCAAGUGUCAGGCCAGCCGGAUCAUGUGGCACCACCAGCGCAUCAGAUUCGAUGGGGUGCCCUUCACUAUUCUCUCCUCCAAUGACCUCAAGUGUGCCUUUGCCAUGAACUACAAACUGAAGAGGAAGAACAAAGAGAGUGGAGAAAGCCAGCAGCAAAAAGGGCAAGUGGAGGGGGUGGAGAGGCAAGUUGGAGGUGGUGGGGGUGACGCGGGAGAUGUGGAGGACCUGCAGGGGAGUGGAGGCCAGGGGGGUGCCAAGGAGGUGGUGCCCAAGAAGAAGUACAAGGACAUCUGGUUCACCUCCUGCCCAGCGCGGAUCACUGUCAAGGUUAUCGUCAACCCUCCUUGCUGCAGGUAUCCGGGCUACGCGGUGGGCAUUGGUGCCCUGGCAGGGGAGCGCAAGGCUGUCAUGAAGGCCCUGCGGCGGGAGCUUUCCCAUGGUGCCUCCCCGCAGCGGGAGGAGCUGUACCAUGUCACGCUGCCUCUGCGGCGCCUGCACAACCACCCCCUGCAGGGGCGGUCACGGGGCAUCCAUCCCUCCAUUGACAGCAAGGUGGUGUCCUUGCUGCGGGAGGGAGUGACGGCCCCCAAGGUGAUCCAGCAGCUGCUGGAGCGCCAUGUGGAGGUGGUGACGGCUGGUGACCUGGUGCUGCCCCAUCCAGAUGACCGUGCCUUCCACCCACGCCUCAAGGACGUGGCCAACCUGGUGUACACUCGCUGCCGCCAGAUGGGCAUCACUGCGCGGCGCCGCCCCCCUGACCAGGCCCCCUUCGAGGCACCCCACAGGAAGCGCCGCCGCCCCAAGCGCCCCAGGGAGGAUGGUGAGGCAGAGGGCGAGGUAGAGGCGGGGUGUGGGGAGCCCCUGGGGGCCUCCACCUUGCAGGAGGCUGUCCAGACCUUCUGCACAGAGGACUCUGAGCGCGGUAGUGAUGGUGGAGGUGGUGGGGGGGAAGCACGGGGUGACCGGGGUGACGCAGGGCUGGCAGAAAUGGUGCGGGGCCAGCUGGAAACCCUGCGGGGCCUCACCUACACCACGCAGGACACUGCAGCAUUGCAGGAGGUGUACCAGGGCCUGCAGGCACUUAUCAACCAGUGCAUGGCCCCUACUGGCCCUGCCCUGGCUGGUGGAGGCUUGGCGGAGGUGCCGUCAGCAACAGCUACCUUCAUCCUGCAGGACAGUGCCGUGGAGCCCCUGGCCAUCACCCCUGGGGCACCCUGUGUGCCAGAGGUGCCGGACACCUUGGCCCUGCAGGAGAAGGAAAUGGGAGAGGCUGGUAAGGUGCGGGGAAGUGCCGCCCUCAGGCAGCUGCGGCCUCCUGUCGCCCUGCAGUGCGUCACGACAAGCAUGGUGCCCACCGUCGUGUCCCAGCUGCCCAGGGGCCCCACCCAUGCCCCUCCUGCACAUGUGGUGACCUCCCCUGCAGCCACUGCACCACCCACCUACCAGACCCUGGCCCCUGUAGCCCAGGAUGGCCCUCCACCUGUCCAUCUCUCUCUCCCACCUUACUUUUAUUAUGUGCAGGAGGUGACAGUGCCUGAGACAAGCCAAACGUGGACCUACAGCACCUCCUCCUAGCACCUCCCAGCAUCCUCAGCAUCUCCCAGCAUCUCCCUGCACUCCCCAGCACCUACCAGCAUGCCUCAGCACUCCUCAGUACUCCUCACAAGUCUUCCUAAAGCAGCAUCCUCUCCCAGCACCCACACUUCACUCCAUACUUACCUCUCCACACCAGAAAUAUUGGAUGUAUGGUUGUGGAUGGUUAUUUGGGCUGUGUGGGUAAAACUGAUGGUGUGGAUGUGUGGGUGUGGGUGAAGGAGAGUCCACAGGUCUUCCUUAUUGUGGAUGAAGGUGAAUGUGGAUGAGGGAAAAGAGAAAGUGGAUGGAUGAUUGUGGAUUAGCUCUGUGGAUGGAGUUAGGUGUGGAAUAUAAUGGUGUGGAAUAUGGAGUUAGCUCUUUUUGUGUAAGAGAGAGAGAGAGAGAGAGAGAGAGGUACAUUUUCCAGUUACCUCAUAAACUAGCAAACAAAUCUAUACACUCCUUGUGUUAAUUUCAAGUUAUGCCAAGCCAUUCCUGUAUCUGCUAAGUUAUCAUUUAAUUUUCCCUGUUCAAUAGUUAGUGACCUGAUUAUAUUAACAUUUUAUAGUGUUUUGUAAUGCCAACACUGGAGCAAGUUGACUUAAAGGAUAUAUUUUGAUGG